AUGUCUCCGAGAUGCAGCGGAUACAUGGCACCAGAGUACGCCUAUCACGGCAUCUUCUCUACCAAGUCAGACGUUUUCAGCUACGGCGUCCUUGUCCUGGAGAUCGUCACCGGCCGGCGAGCUUCUGAAGAUCUGCUAAGCUUGGUUUGGAGGCACUGGAGCCUCGGCAGCGUGCUGCAGCUUCUCGAUGGCUACCCGGCGGAGGAGCCGGACAGGCUGGAGAUGCUGAGGUGCAUCCACAUCGGGCUGCUCUGCGUCCAGGAGGAUCCGCAGCUCCGGCCCCGCAUGGCGUCCGUCCUCCUCAUGCUCAGAAACCGCAUCGUCACAAUGUCGCCGCCUACCAAGCCGGCCUUCGUAGUCCCCACAAAGAAGCCGAUGGAGACCGCAGGGAAGCCGUCGACGUCGAUCAACAAAGUCUCCGUCUCUGACUUGGAGGCACGUUGA